UUAGUAUUCUCAUAGCGGUGCAAGGGGGAGGGUCGUUGCGCGUGGCUCCCGUCAGAAAGAGUGAAUUCAAACACAGCUUCGUGGUUUCUGGUUUCCCUUCGAGACCUGGGAGUGAGUGCACCGGCUAGAGUGAGACCGAGACCUACCCAGUGACCGCUGAGACCCAAGGAAGACCACGCUUGGAAGUUUAAAAGGAGUUUGGAUUCACGUGGCUGUGUUGUUGUUUGUGUGUGAGAGUGUGUGUGUGUGUGUGUGUGUGUACGUCCGUGUCUGUGUGUGUUUGUGUGUUGCAGCCAGCUAGUCAGACGGCCUUCAACACCAUCAACACCAUCUACACCACCAAAAGGAGUACUGCCACAGCUGCUAAAAUCCACCUCCUCUUCCUGCUCUCAACACCACCAUCACCUCCACCACCACCAUCACCUCUACCGUUCGCUGACCACGCCGCAUAAACUCUGGCCAGGUGUCAAGGAGUCGACAGGUGCCACGAGAAACAACUACGUGAGAAUGCCGCGGCCCGCUGAUAGGUAGCCCGGCUCCUCGCAGCCAUGUCGGGGGUGGCGCGGGGCCCCCCUCCUCCAAGCCCAGCCAGCACGCCCCCCCUGCUGCCCCCCCUGCCGCUGAGGUGCCGCUCCCUGCUGUCCUCGGCCCUCCUGCUGCUUGCCCUCCUUGUGCUCGGCUGUUGUGUCCACCCGGCGGAGGCAGAGCAAUGCAUGAGACUCACGAAAUUUGGCAAGUCAUUGCCGCCACAACGCUACCUCUACAUCGACUCGUGGGAGCAGCAGGAACUCCCUAUCAAGCUGGACACCUCCACACGACUCUCCCACCAGCUCGCUACCGCCCUCACCAAGAUCCUGUUACAAGAAGGCCUUGGCUACCAGAACGUCACCAUCACGCAAUACAACAACUCCUUCAACCACAGCCAGAUCCUCGAACGGCUCAAGACAACCACAAAACAUGGGAUACCCGAGGCGAUGUUCAAUAUGGAGGUUUGGAUUCCACCCACCGCCAACGACCUCUACAUAUCAGCGGAGAGUGACUGUGGGAAGCAUGCGUCUGGCGGGCGGUUUGGGUGGUUCGUGUCCAAGAACAGCAGCUUCGGCCACCCGGGGAUCAUCACAGACCACUGGCGUUCCUUCCAGCGCGACCAGGUGGCGGAGAUCUUUGCCCUGACGGAGGAGGAAGAGUACGAGCUGCGGACGAACUACACCGUUGACACCACACUCUCCACUCCCAACAAUACGAGGUACUGGUGUGAGAAAAACUACUGUCGAGAGGGCAUCUUCACCCCUCCGCUGUGUGCUGGGAGGAAGUGCGCCACAUUGUUCAUUGGCAACCACAGCGACUUCAACGAGUUCCUUAAGAAGCAGGUGGAGAUGGAGAGCCUGCUGGUGCGUUUGGCGUGGGUGGGGCCGAACCUCUCGCCCCAGUUCCUCUGCUUCUUCAGGGGGGAGAAGCCCAUCAUGUUCUUCGACUGGUGGCCAAACUCUCUCUCCAACCUAGACAACUUCAUGCCCGUGUCCUUCCCUUCCUGCUACAGCGCCUACAGCACAAGCCCCUACCUCUGCAACUAUGAGCUCCAUGCCCUCAAGAAGUACAUGUGGGUCAGCCUUCUCAAGAGUGCCAAGCCAGCCGUGGAGGCGGUGCGACGGUUCUUCCUGAGUGAGCGUAACUACCGGGAACUGAUCGGAAACUUCACUCAACGGAACCAGAACUGCGCCAACAACACUACCACUCUGCAGCCGCCCAACCAAAGCCAGCUGGUGGAGGAGGUGGCCUGCGACUGGCUGAAGGCUGUCGGCAGGCGUGUGUGGUACGAGUGGCUCCCCGUCCAGCACGACUCCAAGACUGUCCUGUGGAUCGGCGGCAUCUUCCCCAUGAGCAACGAGAGCAGUGUAGGGUUCUCCAGCAUGUCCCUCGUCAAUGCGGCCCGGUUGGCGUACCAGCGGAUAAACAAUAACCCGGACAUUCUGAACGACUACGAAAUCAAAGUGAUCAACCUGAACGGAGGCUGCCGACGGGAGACUGUGUUGACGGCCUUCAUGCACCACAUACGCAAGGAAUCGGGGGACAUGGAUUUUGCACAGAUGGUUGGGAUUCUCGGCCCGGCGUGCUCGGACACUGUGGAGCCGCUGGUCGGGGUGGCGGAGAAGUUCAAGACAGUGGUGAUGUCGUACAGUGCCGAGGGGGCCAUCUUUAACUACUCCAAAUACCCGUACUUCUUCAGAACCAUCCCGGAGAACAAGAUAUACGGGACUGUUUACAAGCGCCUGUUCCAGCAGCUUCAGUGGAGGCAGGCCGGAGCGCUCACCGAGGACAGCAACAAGUACAGCGAAUACCUCUCGGACCUCCUCUCCAAUGUGACAGACGGCCUCAAGGUCACCAACGUCAAGAUGAAGGCCAGCGACAACAUAGUGGAGCGCCUCAACAAGCUGGACACCCACAAGAUCAUCAUCGGCGACUUCUACGCAAACAAAGCACGUGAGGUGAUGUGCCAAGCCUACCAUCUCAACAUGACGGCCAGGCACGGCUACGUCUGGUUCCUGCCACGCUGGUUCAACACGGACUGGUACAACAUGAGCCUCCACAUUCGCAAGGACCGAACGAAGAUCCCCUGCACCACGGAACAGAUGCUGGAGGCUAUUGACCGCCACAUGAGCCUGGGAUUCGCCUACUACGCAAGCGACAACACCACAAACUAUGAGAACAUGACGGUGGCCGAGUGGUUCCAGCAUUACAGGAACAAGUAUACGCCCACACCCCACGAUUCCGUUUGGCGGGGCUCACCCUGCGAUGCCGCUCGGGUUGCUCAAGGAGGACAAGCUGCCAACCUGCACACCCUCAGGACCGUGGAGAGGUUCUCGGAGAUCAUCGCCAAGGUCAGGUUCAGCGGGGUGUCGGGCAUGAUCAGCUUCCGCCAGAACUCCUCCGACCCGCAGCGCAAUGUGUCGGACAUCCAGUCAGUCAACAUCAUGCAGUUCAUCGUCAACAAGAACAAAACUGGAGGCUCGUAUAUCAUAGUGGGGACCUUCAACCCUCAAGGGAAUAAACUUGACCUCAGCCUCGGGGAUUUGAAGUUCUUCCGAGGCAUCCCCACUGACGGCCUGGUGGAGGACACGUGCCUGUUCGAGACCUUCAGCCAGCUCUUGGGCGUCGCCUGCGAUCAAGCCAUUGUGAUCGUCAUGGUUCUCAUCUUUGUGGUGUUUGCUUUCAUCCUCAUCGCUCUCUUCAUCGUUUACAAGAAGAGGUUUGAGAAGAUGAUCCCUGAGACUGGCUGGCCGCUGAGUGAGUUGAUGUCCCUGGACGAGUGGGAGCUGCCGAGGGAGAAGGUGGUGAUCAACCGUACCAUCGGCGAGGGAGCGUUUGGCACAGUGUUUGGAGGUGAAUGCCAGUUUGCCGACAACUCCCCCUGGCUGGCCGUGGCUGUCAAGACCCUCAAGGUCGGCUCCACCGUGGAGGAGAAGCUGGACUUCCUGGGUGAAGCCGAGAUGAUGAAGAGGUUCAACCACAAGAACAUCGUGCAGCUGCUUGGCCUCUGCACCCACCAGGAGCCGAUCUACAUGGUGAUGGAGUUCAUGCUGUACGGCGACCUCAAGACCUACCUGCUGGCCCGCCGUCACCUGGUAUCUGACCGCACCGUGCACUCCGAGGAGGAUGAGAUCAACAGCAAGCGCCUCACCUCCAUGGCUCUGGACGUCUGCCGGGCCCUGGCGUACCUGGCGGAGCUUAAGUACAUUCACAGGGAUGUCGCGUGCAGGAACUGCCUGGUGAGCGCUGAGCGGGUGGUGAAGCUCUCGGACUUUGGCAUGACGAGACCCAUGUACGAGAGUGACUACUAUAGGUUCAACAGGAGAGGUAUGCUGCCGGUGCGGUGGAUGUCGCCGGAGAGCCUCGAGGACGGCAUCUUCACCAGCAGCAGCGACAUGUGGUCCUACGGCGUGCUGCUCUACGAGAUCAUCACCUUCGGGAGUUUUCCAUUCCAGGGCAUGUCCAACAACCAGGUGUUGGAGCACGUGCGGAGCGGCCACACCAUCUCCCUGCCCAAGAGUGUGAAGCCUCAGCUGGAGAGGCUGCUGCUGACCUGCUGGAGCAUGAGCCCACAGCACCGGCCCACCUUCAACGAGAUGGCGGAGACGCUCACCAUGUGGCCGCGGCUCAUCACGCCCUGCCUGGAGCUGCCCACCGCGGCCAUCCAACUCAACGACACAGACUCGGUGGACAUCGUGCUGCCCGCCGACCAGCCGUGCCGCCGCAGCUCUGCCCCAAACACGCGCCUGCCCGCCACACGGCCGCGGCACCCCUCCGGCGGCGACACCUGCACCAACAACAACGCCACACCCAAUUGCCUGUCACCAAGGCCCCCCCUAGUCAGCACUCAACCCUCCAACCUUUUUACCUCCUUUAACUGGAACCACGUGCCUCAGGAGAAUGGUGGGGGACCCUCGCACGAGCCGCUGCUGCCCCAGAACGGCGACGCGUACGUGACGCGCUACGUGUGUCUGCAGCGCACCAAGUCUGGGGAGAACAGUGAACUGGAGUCUCCCUCCAUCCUGACGGCCGUCUGACUUGGCCCGUCCCCCGGCCCGAGGGUGCUGGCCAUUGCUGUGUGAGCGUCUACGGCACAGUGAGUGGCUGCCGCGGCCACGGCGUGUGUGCCUCUGCCAGGAUGCUGCCGGCAAAGCACACGCUUGUAAACACUUGAAUACUCAGGACCAGUGCUAGGGUGUGCCAGCAGGUGUUUCCAAAGGUCUGCCGCCCGGACUUGGAGUACGCAACACUUCAGUUUCCUGUUACGGAAAAACUCAAAUGCAUUAGUGACCUUGAUCCGCCAGAUACUCGUUGGUGUGGGGGGGCGGGGGGCGGCAGCCAUCAUACGUAUCAAAACUAUUAGCUGUAAGUUCGGUUCCCUUCACCUUGUGCUCGUCCGCACAGAAAAUAAGGCACAUUAGUAAUUCUUAAGUGAAAAUGUAUUGUGCAAUUUUUAUAGUUUAUCUGCUUUACCAGAUGUGUGAACUAUUCAAAAUAGUUCUUUAUAUAUUGUUGUGUGUAUAUUGGAGGUAUUUAUGAUGCGAGAAGAGCGGAUGCGUACCUCUGUGCGUGGGAAGAGACCAAUGUCAGAAUGCUAGUGAAUAUUAGAGACAAGAUCUGAUGUUGCCAGGUGAGCCAGUGUUGUGGCAGCUUUGUGUUCACAUACGGCAGCGAAGGCUUGACGCUUUGCAUGUUGGCCUUGAGGUGUAUUUAUACAACGAGACGAGCAGAAGUGUAACCUUAAACCCUAGCCUAAAUGUGAGGGCCGUGCGCUGCUCCACGGCCCGGUCCAUCAUAGUCUUUGAUUCUGGUCAUGCGCACGCCUUGGAGUCAACUCUUUCUUACCCCGGGCCGCGUUACAAGUCCAACUCACCGGUGCCAGGUAUCGUACUCAGAGCAUAGUAUUUACCAGUAUCUGAUGCCUAAAUAUUGCCAAGAGACAUCAGGAUCUAACCUUUUAAUGAUAACUAUAAAUGUGUUUCGUUUUUUGGGCCCAGAAGAUAGUUUUUGGGUAGGACGUCGGGAAAUAUAAGCAGCUGAGUACGACAAUCUGGCAACAUUGGUCGAACCUGAGAAGUUUCAGGUCCCCACAGCGUUAUUCAUCCCGGACGCUGCAGGGACCCAAAACCUCUCGGAUUCAACUUGUGAUGCGUCCCCCAGUCUGAAAUUGACAAGUUUUGGACGAACCUUUGAUUGAACACAGGAUGAAGGGCUUUAACAGAUUCAUUUUCAUUGUUCUUACCGUGAGGUGCCAAACAUGUACAAAUUAAAAGUCUAGUGCUGAGUCACUAAUAGCAUCAGCUGUAUAGUUCCUCAUCGCCGCCUCAGGAGCGAGACGUCAUUAUUUUUAGGGGACAGACACGACUUUCUUUGCUCAGACUUAUGAAUUAAUACGUAGAGAAACCAAUUUGAAUAGAUUUUAGCGAGAGAGAGUUUUAAAAAGGCCUAGAAGAUAUUAGUUUUAUCAAGAUUUUAUAUACAUACAUGACUUAUUUUGCUCAGAAGAAGAAGAAGAAGAAGAUUGAGAAUUACUGACUAUGAAAGCGAGUAAUAUUACGUAUGUCGUCUGCAAUUCCAAUUUAUUUUUGUAAUCAGUAUAUCAGUGUCCAUCCAGGGUGUUGGCGGGUGGCUGGAGGCCUCGGGGGCGCUUCGACCGAGCAGGGAGGACGGAAGGCAAAGAGGAGAGGAACGGACAGCGAAUAAUGGUAGACGAGAGAUGAAAAGGAGGAGAGAAAGGAAUGAAGAUGAGAAACGAAAAGAAGGAAAGUGACGGAAGGUAUUGGCAGAGGAGAGAUGGGGAGAGAAAAUGAGGAGUAGUUUUGACAGACGAGAGAUGGAGGACAGAAAAUUAUGAAGGGAUUGAGAGACGAAAGAUGAUUGGGAGAGAAAGUGAGGAAGAAGAAUGACAGAAGGGAGAGAAUGAUGGGAGAGUAACGAAGAGGAGGAGAGAAAGAGAAGGGAAAUAGCAGAUGAGAAAGAGUGAGAGGCAAGUGAGGAAGAGGUUAGCAGAUAAAAGUGAGGAAUAGUAUGAAUAGACCGGAGAAAGUGAGGGAAGAUGAGGAGGAGGAGGAGGAGGAGAGAAAAUGAAAAGACUGACAGACUUAGGAGAUAGCGAGGCGAGAAAAUGAGAAACGUCAGACAAGAGGGAGUGGCGGAGAGCGACGUCUGAAGAUCAUAUUCGUUACUCGGACAAAUAUAAUACCAGGGAUGUAGAGAACGCUUGCCAGUACGUACACAUUAUUCCACCCACUACGCACAUCAGGGAAGACACUACUAUUUCUACUACUACUACUACUACUACUACUAUGGAAAAGCUGAGGUGGCGUAGAAGAAAAUUAACUCGCUGUAAAAAGGAAGGUUCAUCCAUCCGUUAUAUUUCCGCAAGAGUUUCUUUCCUAUACGUCACCUCAAUUUUCCCCCAAAGAAGUUCAGUAUCUCUAGUUUCAGAAUAGUGAAUAGAGGGUAGAUGGAACAGAUAGAAUAAAGAAUAGACCAAGCAAACAGAAUAGAGUAGACAAAACAAAUAAAAAAUAAUUGAAUAAAUGAAACAAUAGAGUAGGUGAAAUUGAUAUACAGAGUGACCCAAAAGUCCCGCACCAUAGGGGAAUAUGACUUCUAAUCAAUCUGUAAUCCCUAUGAUGCAGGACUUUUGGGCCACCCUGUAGAAUAGAGAAUAGAUGAAGCAGGUAUAUAAUUCUUGUAAAUACGAAUGAUGCCUUCAAAUGGAGACUAUUGACAGAGGGACAGGGGGGAGGGGGAGGGACAGGAGGGUACUGGGUGAAAAACUAUAUAUAUUUCUCAGGAGUAGCCAUAUAGGGGCUGACGGGCCUCUUUUAGUCUCCUUAUAUAUAUUUUUUUAAUGUAUACGAGUUGAAAAGUUGAAAUAAUGCGUACAGCCUGGCAAGCAUACUCUACACGGCGAGGUGGGUGUUACGAAAGGCCGGUUCCAUAGUCCGAUACAGUUUCAUUAUAAAUAAGUGUUUUAUAAGCAUCGAAACCAAGCCGUACGAUCCGUGUUUAUCCGGUUCAGAUUUAUAGAUUUCUAGUGUGGUGGCUAUCAUCAAAUUUCUUAGCUCCCAAACACCAUAAGAUAUAUAUUUGUAAUCUUUGGUUUUGGUGUGGAAGCUCGCCGACCAAUAUAGAUUUCCUGUUUAGUAUUCUCAAAUUUCUUAGCUCCUGAAUGAACGCCAAAUGCCAUAGAAGAUAUUAUUGAAAUCUUUGGUUCAGGAGUUCACCAAGAAACGCAAAUUUAUGGUAUAGUAUCCUCAAAUUUCUUAGCUUUUAAAUGACCAACGAAUACCAUAGAUGAUGUUUAUGUAGUCUUUGGUUCAGGAGCUCGCCGACCAACGUAGAUGUCCUGUUUAGUAUUCUCAUAUUUCUUAGCUUCUAAAUGAACGCCAAAUGCCAUAGAAGAUAUUUUAGUAGUUUUUGGUUCAGGAGUUCGCCAACCAACAUAGAGUUCCUGUUUAGUAUCCUCAAAUUCCUUAGCUUCUGAAUGAACGCCAAAUGCCAUAGAAGAUACUAUUGAAGUCUUUGGUUCAGGAGUUCACCAACAAACACAAAUUUCUGGUAUAGUUUCCUCAAAUUUCUUGGCUUUUAAAUGACCAACGAAUACCAUAGAUGAUGUUUAUGUAGUCUUUGGUUCAGGAGCUCGCCGACCAACGUAGAUGUCCUGUUUAGUAUUCUCAAAUUUCUUAGCUUCUAAAUGAACGCCAAAUGCCAUAGAAGAUAAUUUAGUAGUCUUUGGUUCGGGAAUUCGCCAACCAACAUAGAUGUCCUGUUUAGUGCCUUCAAAUUUCUUUGCUUCUAAAUGACCAACGAAUACUUUAGAAGAUGUUUUUUUUUUGUCUUUGAUUUCCUGUUUAAUAUCCCAAAAUUUCUUAGCUUCCAAACACCUUAGGAAAUAUAUUUGUAGUCUUUGGUUCAAGAGUUCGCCAACCAACAUAGAUUUCCUGUUUAGUAUCCUUAAAUUUCUUAGCUCCUAAAUGACCAACGAAUACCAUAGAAGAUAUUUUUGUAGUCUUUGGUUCGGGAGCUCAUCAAGAGAGAUUUCUAGUACAGUAUCUUUGAAUUUCUUGGCCCCAAAAUGAACGCCAAAUGCCAUAGAAAAUAUUUUUGUAGUCUUUGCUUCAGGAGUACGCCAACAAACAGAGAUUUCUACUGUACUAUCCACAAAUUUCAUAGCUUCCAAACACCCUAGGAGGAGAGAUUUUUGUAGCCUUUCGUCUUUGGUUCGGGAGCUCACCAACAACGAAUCCACUGUGUUGGAACAUGGAACUGGUCCUUAACACAAUGGCUCAUAUUCUCAAAACUUUCGGCGAAAAACACUCAUGAGAACCCAACCAAUCACCGUUGAGGCCUUUGAAAAUAGUUGUGAGAGCCGAAAGCGUCUUGAGAAUCUGAACCACUCGUGAACGAAGCCUCACCAAGCGUCCUCGAAGCCUCCCUGCUCGCAUGUGUGAAGCCUUCCCGAGUAGGCCCCAAGAAUGUCCACCCCAGACCACGCCACAUCAUAACCUACACGUGUUGAUAGCAUGAUGAUUACCGUCUAUGUAGGUAGUGUACAUACGCGCCAGAUACACACAUAUAUGAAUUUAUUUGCUCACAGGGAUGGUUGUGACUGCAGUGGUGUGUGUGUGCGUGUGUGCAUGAGAGACGUGUGUGUGUGUGUGUGUGUGUGUGUGUGUUAUCUGUCUGUCUGUCUGGUCGCUGGUCAUGGUAAGUAAUGUUCAAUGUCACCUCAUCUCUAUUUAAUGGAUAUUUUUAUGACGAGACACGUGCGAGAUGUGAAGUGGACGGUGUGAGUGAAUGACGAUGACCCGCGUAUACCGAUAAUAAAGUAUGUUCAACCAUUA